UUUGUCGUCUGCUGCGCCGUUUACUUGGGCUGUGUAAGGUUUUGUUGUGUAAACAUGAAAAUAAACCAAACAGUGAGUUAGCGUCUCAAGGAAUGCAAGGAGCUAUGGAUCACACGCUCGAUGCCGAGCUCAAAGCAGACUUAGCACUCCUGUUGGAAUGUCUCAAGUGCCAACAUGACAACCCAGCCGCCUCCACACAGGCCCUGCUCACCAUCUCUUCUAUCUGCUCAAGUAACAGUACAAUAAAGGAGUAUUUUCAUGAGUGUGGAGGUCUCCAGUACAUUUUGGACCUGCUGUCAUCCACUACUUUGGAGCAGAUCAAAGAGUCAGCUCUGUACUGCCUGGGCUGCUGCGUUGAGAGAAAUGUGUUCUUACAAAAGAAGAUCAGUACCAGUGAAGUCUUCUCCAAUCUGUACAGCCUGCUUACUUGUCCAGUUCUAGUAACAGACUACGACAAACUGUCGCCUUUCUCAUUCUCUGCAUUGUGGCAAAUAACAGUUAUGGGCAGAAUCUUCAGGUCGUGCCUUACGUCAGGCCAGCCUUGUAAGGUGAUCCAGGAGCCCAUUCCUCCAUCCUCCCUACAGCUAUGGAGCUCUGUGGCCAGCUCGCUCAGCAUGUGUGUCAACAACCCACAGAAUGAUGAUAAUCAAAGACUUUGCGCCAGCUUAUUACCCUAUACCGUCAAACUUCUGCAGGAGUGUCAGCAGGAGAGUGUUGUCCGUCCUCUGGCUGCAUUCCUGGGGCUGUUAGUGGCCAAUAAUGUGUACAACCAGGACCGAGUGAGAAAGUGUGGGGGUCUAGACACCAUCAUCUCUGUCGUCCAGAGAUUGGGUAACCAGAGCAGGAGACACCCUCAGUACCUUAGCCUGGCCCUACACGUUGUGACGACGCUGGAUGCCUGUAUCGCUGACAACGGUGCAAAUGCAGACACUGCAGGUGACCAUGAGGCUGUGCAAACACUGUUGUCGUUGUUAUCCCUGCCUGAGCUAGACGAGGCAUCACAGCUGCAGGUUAUCCUCACACUGGGGCAUCUCACUGACCUUUCAGUGAGUAACCAGACUAGGUUUAUAGAAGCGGGUGGUCUUCCCUUACUGUUAAACCUCAUGGGGGCAUCUGAGGAUGAAGAGGUUUGUAAGGCAGUCAAAUACGUACUUCAGGCUUGCGUCCAAGCAGUAAAGUACAAGCCUUCUGGAAGUGGUGAUAAAAACGAGCUUCAUCAGCGACAACCUUAUGGCCUACAGCAUAUCCAUCAAAAUGAUUUCUUACCCGAACUGCCACAAAACAGAGAAGAAAACUUUGACAGUGUCAUUCUAAACAAACUAAACCUGUUAACAGAGAAGCUGGAAUCCAUGGAAAGGGCAGAUGUCAGCUUAGAAAGGCAGAACACAAGAGCAGUUUCAACAGCUGAGGUGCUACAAAACCAAAGUGUUAAAAACAUUUCUAAUUCAGCUCAAGCCUCAUUUGAAGAGUUCUUGAGGAAUUGGAAUCCUAAGACGGGAAAGACACAUGAAAGAAACAUGGAUUUUCCACAGGAGUUUGCACACAUUUAUAAUUCACAAGUACCUGUAAAUUCUGGGAAACUUUCUUUUACUCAAAGAAAUAUUCCAUCACAGGAAAUUUUAAAUGAGAAGGAAGGAUUUAUGCUUACAGAUAUUGUUGCCUGCCCGAGCUUUGACAGCUCCACUGUAAAUUUGUCUGUUAAUGUUCCUAAGGAACAGCUGAGAUCAGAAAAUGAAAACUCUGCUGUGGUUAGCUCAGGACACAAUGUGACAAAGGUUUGUCAGACUGAAAGCAGGAAGCAGGAUGAGAACGCACAACCAGUGGGGAGGCCUGAACAACCUCUGAGAGGCAACGGUCAGAAAGAGGGCAAAAAACAUAGUGAACAAACACAGAUGGUUCAACCCCAGAGUGAACAGUUGUUAGAAGAACUUAAACAGGAAAAAGAGAAGCGCAAGUUGUUGGAGAUAGAAGCAGCAAGUUUACGAGAAGCAGUGGAAAAACAGAAACAGAAAGAGUCUGAAGCAGUGGCGCUUAGAAAGGAACUGGAGAAGCAAGAGAGUGAAGUCAUAGUAUCUUCAUCCAGUGAGGGAAGUAAUGAACAUGGUAACGAGCUGGAAGAGGCUUUUGUAGAAGUCAUUGAAGAUCCACCUCCAGAGGAGAGUCCUAAGUUUGCUGAGAAGAGAGGGAACUCUUGCAUGGCUGACAGGAACAGGAGAAGUUGUGACAAGGAUGUGUUUGUGAAACCAUCAGAACCUCCUAGAGUCUCCCUUAGGCGUGCUCAGACUCCAGCCUACUCGUCAGCAUCCAAGACACGUCGCUGCAACACAAGAGAGAGCAGAAACAAAAGCUCAUGGCAAGACAAACGUACACCGAAAGAGAGUUGUUCACGGCCUGCUAGUCAGGCGUCUACAUGUGGUGUGGACUUGAAUGACAGCAUCGCGUCAGAGUUUGAUUUCAAGCUUUUAGCGAAGGCCAGGUCAGCUGGUGAGCUGAAAGAGCGGGUAGCCGGACUCAGCAGGGCAUCAUACGAGUGGUCAGUGAGGAAACUGAAGCAACCACUCACCAGUACCCCUGUGUACAGGACAUACCAUGGGAGAUUCUCAUAUGGAGGCAGCCUGCAUGACAACCAGGUGUACAGUGUGAAGCCCAAGAGAAGUGGUCCUGGUCACCUUUGCAGGGGUCAGGCCAGCUGGCAGAGAGGAAGGUCAGCAGACAGAGACAUUUGGAGAGAGGGAGAGAGGGACAGCAGUGAGGAUGAUGAUGAUGAGAUGUCCUGUAAGAGUGCCAUAUCUGUUUCUUCUUUUCCUUCCAGAGAUCUUUGUCCAGGAUGUCACAUAUAUUGCAAAUUUGUGCUCGUCUUCCAUUCACCAGGAUGUUACCCUCCACGGGCGUGUGGGCUACCCUUGCUGAACAGCCGCACCUUUAACAUAGCUCUCGAGACAAACCCUCACACCUGUGCAGCCCAUAGACUCGUCAGAAAGCUGGAGCGGCAAUUCAUCCACACAAGGAACCAGAGGCCGACAAAGAUGAGGCCCCUGGAGGCACUGAAUGGCAGACCUACCAGACAUGGAUGUGGCGACGGAAACGGCAAAUGUCCGAAGCAGCCCUCGCCAUCGGUGUAUGACUUCAUGAGCAAUACAGACGACACUCCACAACAGAGUGUUACCCCGCCUUAUCAGACAGGCAGAACCUGCCCCACAGCUGAUAUCCAGCCUAAGCCAUGUGUGGGUGCCAGACGUCGCAAACCACGGGUACCUUACACAGAGGUAGAAAUCCACAACUUACUAACAGGAGUGCAGAAACUAGGGAAACACUGGAACCAGAUUCUCUGCACCUAUCAGUUCCAUCCUUCCAGGACCGCCGUGGAUCUCAUGGAAAAAUACAAGAGGAUUAUGCUUGCUGAGAAGAACCAGGAGUCAAGAGAAAGUGUGCGCCGUGACCAGACAUUCACUGGCCCCUUUUCUCUGUGCGAGGAACGUCGACUGAAACGGGGCGUCAAGCAGUUUGGUUACAACUGGAAACUAAUCCUGGAGGAGUUCCGCUUUGCUGAGGGGAGGACAAAACAACAGCUAAGGGACAAGUGGAGAAGCAUGCACAAGGGCAAGCUGACAAAACUAGCUUGAAAACUACAUGUACAUAAAUGUUGAAGUUGAAAUAGGUUUUGUUUUGAACUGGUAUAUGUAUUGAGAGAUAAGUACAUGUGUAUAUAAUAUAUAUUCACAAUGAAUUGUGAUAUAUACUAUUAACUGGCAGAUAUGAUCCUUUAAUUUAUUUAUUUAGUUGAUUGGAGUUUAACGCCAUAUUCAAGAAUAUUUCACUUAUAUGUUGGCAGCCAGUAUUAUGGUGGGGGGAAACCAGGCAGAGCCUGGGCGAUACCCACGACUGUCUGCAGGUUAGUGGCAAACCUGCCCACAUAGAUGUAUGUGAUACUUUUAGAAUAAACUGUUACGCAGAUGAUACAAAUGUAAGUGUACAUGUAUAUACAUCCAUAUUAAGAAAUUGUUUGUUGAUAUUUUUGUACUUCUACUGCAUGUUAAUUAAAUAUGAUGACUCACCUCGGAAAGAGGUUAUUGUCAUAGGGUCAUCUGCAUCUUGUUUGUUGUGAAGAAUUAAACUCAACACAUAUAUCCUUUAAUGAAUGUUUGCCCUUUGGUUUGUCUUAUAUUUUACCAAUCCAUGAGGAACUUUUUAUCAGUUCCUUUUGUACAUGUACAAGUAAACUUAAGAAAUCUCAAUACAGUUUUCUUUUGAAUGACUCAGCAUGGUUCAGAUAAGAGUCUGAGAUUAUGGCACUCCUGCGAGUGAAUCAAGUUUGUGACCUUCACCUUAGGAAGUAUAACAAAGAUGGCGGACCAGGAACAGGCCCAGGAAAAAAUCCACUGACAUGUCAGCUAACAAUUUAUAAACCUUCUCACCCUCUGUCUGUGCAUGUCCUCCAUGUCACUGAAGGCACAUCUGGCAAAACUGUCCGAAUGAUUCCGCCUCGUUCCUUCGACCAAAUUCACAACAUAAAUGGUG